AUGUCUCAGGCAAAAUUAACUUUACGACCACCACCUAAUGUCGACUUCGUUCAGGGCUACCCAGGCAUACCACCUGGCCCAGACAGACCACAGGCUGCCGUCAAAGGCGCGAUAGAGGUUCGCGUUGGGCCAGGAGGCGUCAAGGCCAAGUGGGUCCGCAUAGAGCUUAGGAAGGUGGAAACGCUCCCCGGCGGCGGCCUUGCUAGCACAUACUUCGAUUUCGUCGGCCAGAGUCCCAUCAACUUGUGGCAAGCAAGCGAGGAGUACUCCUUACUUUCCACGAUCCUCUCCCAGCAAGACUUUCCUUUUUCCAUUCGUAUCCCGGAGUCAAUACCUCCGAGCAUUGCACUAGAGAAAGCAGCUGGAAUCAAGUACGAGCUCAUCGCAACAGUAUGCAUCAAGGGCAAGAAAGGCUUCCUACGCCGCGACAAGCAUGUCAUCGUCUCGACCUCUGCGCCCAUCAUCAUCGACAAGCACGAGCUGCACUCGACGUGGCCAGUGUAUGCGCAGCCUGAAACGCGGAACACAAGCUCCGACGGCGUCACGCUCUUCGUCGAGCGCACGCACACCUGCUACGGCCCCGGUGACCGCAUUGCCGUCACGUCUGUCGUCAAGAGCGAGAGCUCACAAAUGAUCGUCCUCCGUGGCUUCGAGUUCAUGCUCCGCGAGACGACUGUCUUUCGUGCAGGCGCGGGCACCGUUGGGAAGAAGGCCGCGCCCCAGGUCAAGACGGGUAAUGUCAGCGAGCAGAAGGUCCCCGUGAACCAGACGUUGUAUACCGGCAUGCAACACAAGGCCGAGCUAUCCCUUACGGUGCCAUCGCAUCACACGAGCACGACGCUGAACGCGGCACGGCAUAUCGACAUCACCUAUGUGCUGACGGUCAAAGCAUUAUUAGCCACGGGUAAACCCCUCGUCAUGGAUCUGCCGAUCAUCAUCUCGAACUGGCCAAGAUCUGUCUCAAUGGAAGCAGUCAGACGAAUCGGUCUUGCACCAAAUGUGUCUUCACAUACUCAGGCCCACAUAGGCCAGCCAAUCAUCAGCAACGCCGCCCUGAGCCAGAUGACCCUGUCUCCAUUGUCCCCUGGUGCACGCUCACCGAACAAUCAUCCAUACUUGAGCCCUGCGCCGACGGCCAUCACCGAUUCCUCUUCCGAGGCGACUGACACCCGGACGAACAGCAACUUCCAGACCGCACCGGUCGUCUUCAGCCGGAACGUCGACGAGUUCGGGACUCGCACGCGCGGUGCAAGCAUCGACUUGGCCCCGCAGACUAUCGGUAGCACGCCUGCACCCGCCACUACGACCGCACGGCCGCGCUCGAGCGGGCGGGGCAUGGCGCCCGCGGCGAACCGGCUUACAGUGACGAACUACGGCGAAGACAUGCCUGAGGAGGUCCGCAACCAGAACCUGCAGCAACUCGCGGCGGCGAGCCACCGGCGGAACACGAGCCUCGGAUCCGGCGCGCGCCCUCAGCGCGGGUUCCUGAACGCUGAGGAGGAGAAGCGGAUGCUCUAUGAGCGUGCGAAGGCGCAGGUUGAACAGGUCCAGGGCACCGCGAGGACGCAGAGCCCGCCGAUCGAGCUGCACUCACCGACGCCUGUCCGCGACGCUGGGCCUAUCCUCAUGGCCGCGAACGACAGUGUGGCGCCGAAACCUUCUGGAUCUGGAUGGAUGAGUGCGGAGGAUGAGAAAGCUCGGCUCUUCAACCAGGCGAGGGAAGCUGUGCGCAAGACGCAAGGAAUUGUGGACGAUCCGGACGAUGUGCCUGCACAAGCACCAAGCGGUUACGCUCGUAGCGGCUCGUCAACCGCAACUGGGAUGUCUGCUGGCGCUGCGAUGUACUCGCAAGCUCUUAACUCCGUGGGUCGUAAUCCAGGCACCGGGGCCUCGCCUUCAAAGCGCUCUUACCCGACUGCCGACGAAGAGAAGACCGCGCUGCGUCGAUACCAAGAGGCAACAGCAGCCGUCGCGCGAAACCAGGCCUCUGCGUACAAUGGCAUGCCCGCGCCCGCAUCCCCUUCGCCUGCGUCCCCACCAACGGCCUCCUCUCCGUCGAAACCGACACAACCACAGAGCCCAUCUGCGCCAAUCCCUUACGACGCUCUUUACCCCAACUCCGGGCGGAUGGCAAGCCCGGCGCCGCCUGGCGCAGGUAGCUCGCACCACCACCAGCCGUCGUACCUCACCGAGAAGGAAAAGCUUCGACGGAUGUACGAGGCGCAAGACGCGGCCGCACUCGCUUCGCAGCAACAACAACAGCACACCGGGUCGUCCCCGCCGCCCCCGCCUGUAGACGCCCCAGCGUACAUGCCGCCGUCCUCGCCGAUGUCGUUCCCGCCAACGCCAUACGCGAACGGCGCGCUCUCGGAGAAGGAGAUGCUCCGCCGGCGCUACGAGGAGCAGGACGCGGCCGCUCUUGCAGGCGCGCCGCCGCCUGCGACCCCAGCGCGCGCGACGUCCUCCCAUGGACGUACCCUCCCUACGCCUCGCGCGCAACCGACGCCGCCACCAGGGCCGAGUGGCUCGCGGCCGCUGACGGCUGCUGAAGAGAAAGCGCGCCUGCGUGCGCUGUACGAGGCCGAGGAGCAAGGGCAGUCGUCGCCCAUGUACGCGUCGCCGACGAACGGCACGAACGGCGUGAACGGACAUGGCGCGCAGGGCCUGCAGCGCCACGCAAGCGUGAGCUCGGGGAGCCACUACAGCGAGCCGCCGCAACCGUUGGUGCCGCCACCGCUGAUGCCAAAGCCACCGCGGGAGUACAUGGAGGAGACGCUCCAGGAGGACCGCGCGCUGUCGACGCAGAUCCAGGCGAUCGACCGUGGGCACGAGGGCGGCUACACGCCGCGACCGGACGCGAACCUCGAGUUCCGGUCUUUCACGCCGUUCAAGGGAGGCUUCGAAGCGCACGCGACGCUACCCCUCGCUGUGCCCCCGCCCCCGUCGUUACCGACCAAGGUCGGCGUGGCCGACCUUUAAGUCUUUCCUUCAUCUUUUUCUUUUCCUCUCAAUUAUCUAGCGCUACCCACGCCCUGUCACUCCUUCCCUCAUUUCUAGUGCACUGUUCGAUGAUGUGGAAUUAUGCUGUGCUACCUACAUAUUUAUACCGGACAGUGCGCCCGUGUAUGGACUUGUCGCUACGCUAAUGGGGGUUACCAUAACUAUAUACCAUCCUUCGUCGUAUCUAUCCUCUUUUACUAUAUAUAUAUAAACUCGAGCGUAGGAAUACAACUACUAUAUAUUCAUACAAUUACAGUUCUAUAUAUCCAGCGUCGAAUGCGAUACCCGGAUGGUUUUUAGGCACCGGCGGGGCUCCUCAGCUCUCAUCGCUUGCGCUUCACCUUGGGCAUUGCAGACCCCGGCGACAUCUCCUGCGCGGUGAGAGGCGACGGCAGCUCCGCGGCGUCCGACUUGCGCUUCAGGCCCGCGGUCUGCCGCGACUGCUUGAAGCCGUCGAGCGUGCCCGCGUCCGGCGGCGAGACGUCGUCGAGGAACGCCGUGAGCUGCUCCGUCGACGCGUCCCCGACCGUCGUCCCGUCGAGCGGCGUCGUCGGGUCGAACUGCGCCGUCACGUCCGGGAAGCCGCUGCCGCCGCCGUCGCCGCUCCGCGACGAGAGCUCGUUCAGGAAUGCGUCAAAGUCAAAGUCCGCCGUCGGGUCGUGGUGCAGCCCGUCUGCGGUGUGUGGCCCGAGGCCGUCCGCGUCGUGGCCCAGCAGUGUGGUGCUCGAGUCGGGCGCGCGUGUGGUAGUAUGGAGCGAGCCCUGGUCGAGCCCGAGGCCGUUGAUAAGCGAAUUAAGACUGUGCUGUAGGGCAUCGACAUCUGCAUCAAUAUCGGAGGCAUCAUGAUAUGACUUUUGUAGACGGUUCGCGUUCUCGAGAAGCGGCUCGAGGGAAGGAAUGUCGUCUUCCUUUUGGGUAAGACUACCAAGCAGCGAAGGUGCGAGAGCGGCGGAUUGAGUAAGAUGGCUAUUGUUGGUUGUCGAAGGGGAGGCUGGAAGAUCGGUUCGGAGACGAGAGAAAUCGUAUGCGUUAGGAUCGUAAGGCGUCAUCUGGUAUGUAGCGGCCCUCGGAUCGAGCGUCUGGUGGUCGACAUCCGGGGAAAUCAUGGAGGGCACAGGCUGAUUUUGCUGAGAAGCGAGCGCGUGCAUAAGCCUCUGCAGCUGCCCAGGAGAGUUGAUCAUAUUCUGCAGCGUCUGUGACCAAUCUCCGCUGGGCGAACCUCCCUGGGCAGGAUUAGCAACCUGCAUGAGCGCCGCAGACUGCUGGGUAGGUGUAGGCUCACGGUCAUUUCGACCGUAUUGAGCGUGAUUAGAUGGCGGGCUAGACGGCUGGGGAGUCGUACGAAGAGACUGAUCAGUUGAGGACCUGACCAUGGUUUCCGAGGGGCGCACUGUAGGCCCAGGUGAGGGUCUGAUCGGCGGCGUGAUCUCUGUGACCGUUGGACCAAAGCCCUCGCUCGGUGCAAUGGAUGGCGUGGUCGGUGAUCGUGGAGAAUGCACAGUUUCAGCGGGAGUGUCUAUAGAUGCAAAUAGAGGAGCUGAACGUCCGCCUUCAGACCUCACACUCUGCAGAUCGUCGUCUUCAUCAAUCUCCUCAACAUCCUCAACAAGAGAAGGUUUCCUCUUUUCCGACAUACCACCGUCACCAAUCAUGAGACGUUGACGCUUGCGCGGCAUAACAUGCGACGGAGUAUGGGUAGUAUCAUGCUUAACCGCGUCCGCGCCGCUCCCGAAAACCCCCGCAAGGAAUUUCAGGAUACGGUUGAUAGUAUCUGAGUGUUUUUUGUGUCGUUCGCGUGCAGCAAGGGCCUCUUGCCACAAAUGCUGAUUCGAGGACUUGAGCUCGUUGAGCUCGACAGAGAUAGCCUGCUGGUGGCGCUUGAUAGCAGCAAUGCCGUUCAUGAUAGAGUUAAUAUCAAGGAGUUGGCCUGCGGUGAGGUUGCCGAUGCCGCCGUGGGCUGGAUCACUGAUGUCAAGCGGGUUCUCCUCGCCCCCAUGAGCGGGCUGCUUCUUGCGCUGGAUAAGACAAAGUAGGUCUGGUUGGCCACGAUGAAAGUGGGGGUGCUCGAAAUGCCAUGGCUCAGUGUCUGUAUCGCUCUUGAGGACGCCUUGUUGAAGAUGUGGGAUCUUAUGGAAGCCGUACAUGUUCAGCUGGCGGACAAAAGAGGUGAACUUCUGGUGCUUGAACCAGCGACCCAGGACCUCGCGCGCAAAUCGCUCAUGAUUGAGAACAUAGAACGAGUCACCGGAAUCUGACCAUCUAAUUAGCUCGCUGUUCUUUGGGUCACUGACGAUCCUUGGGGA